UUGCGCAUCUGUCAGCGUUAGGUUCCGUAUUAUUAAAAUCAUCUCCUAGACUUUCACCACCUUCCUCUUUCUUGUUUUCUCAUCUCUCUCUUCUCCUAACCUCUCUUCAUUAUUCUCACCCUUGAGAAGAUCGAAACCAUAUUAUUAUCAUGACAUAAAGCCAUCAUACUAUAAGAAUUUGAUCCGUUAAAUUGCCAAUUGUUUUAUGGAGGGCAGAAUCAAUCAGCUUGUCAGCGACCAGGAAGACUAUGAAAAUUCACCGGAGAAUAGCGGAGAUUUGCUGCCUUCUGGAACGUUAAGUGAUCAUAGCAAGAUGACCUCUACCACAUCACCAAGAAAAAGUAGGAGAGCUAUGCAUAAGAGAGUGGUAUCAGUACCAAUCAGAGAAGUUGAUGGGUCCAGGCUCAAAGGGGAGAUUACCAGCACUCCUCCAUCUGAUUCUUGGGCUUGGAGAAAGUACGGUCAAAAGCCCAUCAAAGGCUCUCCUUACCCCAGGGGUUAUUAUCGGUGUAGUAGCUCGAAAGGCUGUCCGGCAAGAAAACAAGUCGAAAGAAGCCGAGCAGAUCCCACCAUGCUAAUGGUGACCUAUUCUUCUGAGCACAACCAUCCCUGGCCGGCCUCAAAAAAUAAUCCAAACCGAACCCGAAACCAAAACCAAAACGAAGAAAAUAAUCCUCCUCCAUCUACAGCAACAACAUCACCAACUGCCGUAACUGUCAGCAUUUCGUCACCAAAUUUCACCACUUCAAAUUCCGACGACGAUCAAAUCCCCACAAUAUUUGCCAUCGAUGAAGAAUUCACUAAUCUCGACCCCUCGUUCAGUUCAGAAUUUUCAUGGUUCUCAAAUUUCGAAACAACUUCUUCCAAUGUGCUAGAAAAUCCAAUUUUAACUAAUAAUCAUGGACUUGGAGAAGCGGACAUUGCUACAAUUUUUUCCACGGAGGAUGAAGAUUCGUUAUACGCCGAUCUGGAGGAGCUGCCGGGAUGUUCAUUAGUGUUCCGGAGAGGGGUGGCGGAGGAGGGCCGGCGGCGUAGCUUGACGCCGUUAUGUAGGACCACGGCGGGGUAGCUGAAUGUGGACAGGACGUACUUGUCGCCGCCAUAUUUGUCUUUAUUUGCUUACUUUUACUACAGAGUAUCUUUCGCCUUAAGACAAGAGAUAAGGAUAUAGAAAUAAAUUUUAUAACCCAAAUUUGCAUAGAUUUUAGUGGUUAGAUUUAUUAAGAUAUCAUUGUAAAUAGGUGCAAUGUGUCCGUUAUUCACAAUGUGUUUUGUUCUCUGAUGAAUAACGUUUGGAAACUUUUAAAGGGUAUGGGUUUUUUAUUAUUA